AUGGCAACUUCUGCAGAGGGCGAGAAAUCAGCGAUCGUACUCAAUUUAGACAAAGGAUGGUCAUUUACACAGCUCACCGGUCAUGACCGCAAUCAACCCUCUAACAAGGGCACUGAACCUGGCGAAUGGCUGCCAGUCGACGUUCCCACCGGCGUACAUGAUGAGCUCCUCAAGCUCUCCAGAAUUCCGGAUCCAUUCGUUGGCCUUAAUGAACAUCUUAUUCAGUGGAUUGGAGAGGAGUCUUGGGCGUUCCAGACCAAAUUCUCCAUUCCUACCUCAGCUCAUAGACUUUCCCAUAUCGAUAUUGUAUUCGAGGGACUAGAUACGUAUGCGACUGUAUCGGUUGACGGAAGAACCAUCCUCGAGUCGAACAAUAUGUUUGUUCCUUACAGAGUGCCCCUCAAGGAGGCGUUGGGUUCCUCCGACUGCGAGACUGAGCACUCGCUCCUGAUAGAGUUCAGCUCAACUUUUGUAAAGGGACGUGCUCUUCAGCGGGAAAAUGCCGACAAGACAGCCGUGGCCUUGCGCGGGGGAGGAGCCACAGGAGGAGCUGGUGUAAUGCAAGGCGCAUCAAACCAAAUUCCUGGGCCUAAUGGCGAACUUGCACUAUGGAAUGGUGAUUCAUCUCGACUGCAUGUACGCAAGGCCCAGUAUGCUUACGGUUGGGAUUGGGGACCAGUAGUACUAGCCGUCGGUCCAUGGAAGCCCAUACGCGUGGAAGCGUACGACACGCGGAUAGCAGAAAUGAGGACCGAGGUCGAUAUUAGCGGCGAUUUGUCAGCCGCGAUCGUUGCAGUCCAUGCAUUAAUCGAAGGAGGGGCUCCCAAAGAGCUCACUGCCACGCUGAUAUUAGCGGAAAGUGGAUCCACGGAAGCCGGACGCACGACAGUACACAUUCCGGCAGGUGUGACCCUUGUGGACGCCAAAGUUGCUAUUCAGAGCCCAAAACUAUGGUAUCCAGUUGGACAGGGUCAACAACCACUUUAUGAGGCAUCACUCGUAAUCUCGGACGGACAAUGCGAGCUGGCCAAGGCGUCGAAACGAAUUGGACUUCGCAAGGUCCGAGUCGUACAGAAACCCCUCGACGGAGAAAAUGAGGGUGCAUCUUUCUAUUUCGAAGUCAAUGGGAAAGGCAUUUUUGCAGGAGGCUCCAACUGGAUCCCAGCAGACUCCUUCCUUACCACAAUCUCUCCAGAGCGAUAUCGAGCAUGGCUUCAGCUCCUCGUGGACGGCAACCAGAAUAUGGUCAGAAUCUGGGGAGGUGGCAUCUACGAGCAUGAUGCAUUCUACGACAUAUGCGAUGGCAAGCAACUCGGCAUUUUGGUCUGGCAGGACUUUAUGUUUGGUUGUGGACAGUAUCCCGCGUACGACGAGUUCCUGUCUCGUGUCUCAGCAGAGGUCGAUGCAAAUGUGAAGCGUCUCCGUCACCAUCCAUCCAUCGUUAUCUGGGCUGGGAACAACGAGGACUAUGCACUCGCCGAGUCCAUACCUCUCGAAUUGGACUACUCGGUCGAAUACCCAGACGUAGACUUUCGAAAGACAUCCUUUCCAGCACGAUAUAUAUACGAGGUUCUUCUACCAGACGCAAUCUCAAGACUUGCACCAGAUGUGUAUUACCACCGGGGCUCGCCCUAUAGUGGAUCUGGCAAACGCAGCGACGAUAAGAAGCACGGGGACAUUCACCAGUGGAACGUUUGGCACGGCUCGCAAGAACCAUGGCACAACUGGGAUGUCCUCGCUGGACGCUUCAUCUCCGAGUUUGGAAUGCAAGGGUAUCCAGACAUUCGCACCGUCGACUACUGGAUUGGAGACGACAAAUCGGAGCGAUACCCGCAAUCGCGAACGAUGAACAGCCACAACAAGGCAGACGGCUUCGAACGCCGACUCGAGCUCUACCUGAUGGAAAACUUCAAACAUGCGUUUGACAUCGAGUCCUAUGUCUAUUACACGCAAAUUAUGCAGGCAGAAUGCUUGGCUGCUGCUUACAGAUUAUGGCGCCGCGAGUGGCGAGGACCUAACAAGGAAUAUGUCGGCGGUGCAUUGCUCAACGAUUGUUGGCCAGUCACGUCGUGGGCAAUUGCAGACUACUUUUUGCGUCCCAAGCCGGCAUACUUUACGAUUGCACGCGAACUCGCGCCAUAUACGGUCGGCAUGACGCGCAAAGCCGUAAAGACGUUUGCAUCAAAGGACACGCUCGCAUUCUUCACCAUCUCAUCCCACCUCGAGAUAUGGGGUACAAAUUCUCAAUCUCAGAGCAAGACCGUGUGUCUCGAAGUGCACGCGUAUGAUGUGGAAGCUGGAAGGGCUAUCGAUGUGACCGUAGAAGGUUUCACCGGUGGGAAAAAAGAGGUCGUGCUCGCCCCAAAUGCGUCGACCCAACUCUGGAAAGGCCAGACGCCUGGUGUGGAAGACGUGCAUGUCGAGGGUAUGAGGAGCAAACCAAUUGUGAUUCAAGCGCGUCUCGUGGACGUGGACACUGGCGUCGUCUUGGCACGGUACUCGAAUUGGCCAGAACCAUUCAAAUACAUCCACUUCCCAACAAAGGAACAAGUAAAUCUCCAGAUUGUGCCAAGCACGACUGGUGCAGUGGCCGACGGAUCCCUGACUUCGACGUCCUUGACGAUUACGGCUGACCGACCAGUCAAGGGGCUGGUACUUGAUGUUGAUGGAGAGUGGGCAAAGUUUUCCGACCAGGCCAUCGACCUGUUCCCCGGAGAUCCGCAGGUCGUUGGCGUCGUCGGACUGGAUGGAAGAACAGUGAAAGUGAGAUACCUCGGAGAUGGUACCGCAUGA